CGCACGCCCAGCUUUCCCGGAGUGUGCCGAAACUGCGGGCGCGGAUGCAGCGCGACAAGCAGGCGGCGCGGCCCGGAAGCGGCUGAAUGGGCCACGGCGGCUCGUGCGGGCACGGGUCCAUGUGGAGGCUGCGGGCCGGGAGCAGCGCGCUGCGCGGCGGGGCCGGGGUGCGGCUGUGGGCGCGGGCCCGGGCUGAGGCGGGCGCCGCCAUGGAGCGCGCCGUAGUGCGCUGCGUGCCGUCCGAGCCCAAACUGAGCCUGUCGUUCGCGCUGGCAGACGGCAGCCACAAGCACAUGCAGCGCGACCAGAGCGAGCCUCUGGGUCGCGCGCUCAGCCGCAUCGCCACCAACGCGCUCAAGGGCCACGCCAAGGCGGCAGCGCGCAAGGGGCGCCGGGGACAAGCGGUCGCCGGAGCCGGGGCCGAGCCCGCCGCCGAGCCUCUGGUAAAGCUCUACUACCGCGAAGAGCCCGUGGGCGACGACGUGCUCAACGUGGACGCGUGGCAGGAUGGCGCCGUGCUGCAGAUCGGGGACGUCAAGUACAAGGUGGAGCGCAACCCGCCAGCCGUCACCGAGCUGCAGCUGCCGCGCUACAUCAUGGCCGGCUUCCCCGUGUGUCCCAAGAUCGGCCUCGAGUUCGGCGAGCCCGAGCGCUCGCUCUUCCGCUGGUUCCGCGAGGCGCGGCCCGGAGCCGCCGGAGUGCCGAGUGCGCCUGCGGGCACCGCCCCGCCUGCCUCGCCCCCGCCCCCGCCGGCCGACGGGGACGCGCCGCCGCAGGCGGAUGCGAGCACGGGGCCUGCGUGGGUGGAGGUGGCCGGCGCGCACGAGCGCGUCUUCACGCCAUCCAACGCCGACAUCGGGCUGCGGCUGAAGCUGCGCUGCACGCCGGGCAACGGACAGCGGCUCGGGCCGUGCCGCGAGCUGGAGAGCGCGGGGCCCGUGGAGGCUGGUCCCGGCGCGUGCACGUUCGACCAACGCCACCUGUACACAAAGCGCGUGAGCGGCGACGGGCUUCUACGCGCCGUGACGUAUAACGUACUGGCCGACGUGUAUGCGCACACGGAGCACUCGCGCGCCGUGCUCUACCCGUACUGCGCUCCCUAUGCGCUCGGCCUCGACUACCGCCUGAACCUGCUGCAGAAGGAGCUAAGCGGCUACAGCGCCGACGUACUGUGCCUGCAGGAAGUGGACCGCUCGGUGUUCCACGACAGCCUGGCGCCCGCGCUCGACGCCUUUGGCCUGCAGGGCCUCUUCCGCCUCAAGCAGCAGCAGCACGAGGGCCUGGCCACGUUCUUUCGCAGGGACAAGUUCCGGCUGCUGGCGCAGCACGACAUCGCUUACCAGCAGGCGCUGACUGGAGACCCGCGGCACGGGGCGCUGCUCGAGAGCCUGGCUCGCGCCCCGCAGGCCCGGGACCGAGUGCUGCAGAGAUCGUCCGCGCUGCAGGUUUCAGUCCUUCAGUCUACAAAGGACCCUUCUAAAAAGAUCUGUGUUGCAAACACUCAUCUCUACUGGCAUCCCAGAGGUGGGCACAUUCGUCUUAUUCAAAUGGCGGUAGCCUUGACUCACCUUCAGCACGUGACACAGGAUCUGUAUCCCGGCAUCCCUAUCUUAUUUUGUGGCGAUUUCAAUAGCACGCCGUCAACGGGCAUGUAUAGUUUCGUCAGCACCGGCAGCAUCUCGGAGGACCAUGAAGACUGGGCCUCCAAUGGUGAAGAGGAGCGCUGCAGUAUGGCUCUCACCCAUCCUUUCAGACUGAAAAGUGCAUGUGGCGAACCUGCCUACACUAAUUACGUGGGGGGGUUCCACGGAUGUCUAGAUUAUAUUUUCAUUGACUUCACUGCUUUAGAGGUUGAACAGGUGAUACCAAUGCCAAGUCAUGAAGAAGUUACCACCCAUCAGGCCUUACCCAGCGUUUCACACCCCUCGGACCACAUAGCCCUUAUUUGUGAUUUAAAAUGGAAGUAGACCGGACCUCGGCAGGGCAGACAGUUGUUGAGUCAGAACAAGGAUUUCACUUACUUAGGAUCUAACUGGAAUCAAGGUCUACAUCAAUAACCUUGACAAAAGGGGAAGAGACUGAUUGUGGGGAAAUGUUCACACUCUUAGCACUGGCUCUGUUCUAAACACAGCCUUCGUUUAUGUGACUGUUCAUGACAUCUGCAUGGCUCCCUUUCUCUUUUCUCAACAGAAGGAAAGAAAGCAAAUAUAUUUAAAACUGGCACAAAAAUUGAAUGAUCACAUAACUUUUUUAAAGAAGUGAUUUUUAAAGUGAUUAAGAGAUUAUUUUGUUUUUUUUUAAGAAACCUGAGUGAUUCUAAUGUGAUUUCUAGAAUAGGGUACCUUUUGAACAUGAACCAUGUUUUUAUAGUUAAGCAAAAUGAGUAGUAACGAAGUGCAAAGUGAGUGUGGCCAGAGGGGAGUCCUUGGAAGGGAAGGAAUAGUAUCAGGUCUCUCCCCAUUUCCUUUGGGAUGAGUCACUUUAGAAAAGAGCUUUAAGAAGACACCAAGUGUAUUUUGACAUAGGGUCAUCUCUCUUUUUUCUGUCUCACUUUUCCAAUUCUGCAGCCAAAACACAGUCUAGUAUGGGUUUGCUUUCUGGUAACUAGCUUUUAGGAGGUGUAUUUCUUUAACCAUUCUUAAUGUGACCAUUUAAAAUUUUAGACUACAAACACAUUAGCACCAGUAAAAAGUCAUUCCCUAUUAAACCUGUAAAUUAGUAGACUUGAUUCCAUAGUCAUUGGUAUGCAACAGUUUCACUUUCAACCAUACAUUUUGUGUAACUAGAACAUUUGACUUAUUAUUUGGACUUUGACUCUACAGACCAGUAUUAAGGUGGAUCAGAUACAAGUCAGAAAUCUUAAUACCCUAUUGAAGUGGACUAAUGUUUUUAGAUAAUUUAUUUAAUUUUAAUGUUAGAAAUGUAGCUAAUAGGUUUUUCUUUAUAAAUCAGAAUACUACUACUAAGAGUGUUUGGGAAGAAUUACCAGGACUAUUUAAUUAAUAAAACUAAAUAAUCCAUUGAGUUAUAGGAAAGUCCUAGAUAGAGACUUCUUGCAAAAAUGUUAACCACAAAGUCAAAUGUUUUGCUUUUCUGUUUGGGGCAGAUUUAAUUUUGAGGUUUGCUGUUGAUUGUAUUUAUUAUGAGGCAGUGGCCAAACCCUUCGCUACCUAAAUGUUCUGCCUGCUGCCAGGGCUUCUUUGGCCUGGUUGAGGCCUGACCUGGCACACUAAACUCUUUUGUAGCCACUUCUCCCUUAGGUUUCAUUUUAGCAGUUGUCAAAGGUACCGAUUCCCCAAAAGUUAGAAUAGUUAUGAUGUUUUCUAUCCAGGUGGAAGUAAUGGUUUAAAUUCUUUUUUAAUUUAUUUUACUUUAAAAAAAAAAAAAAAAGGAAAACGGAACAGAACAUCAGGGAGGAUUCAUAAUAUAUAACAAUAAAUCACCAGUUCAAGAGAGGAUAUAAAAUAGUAGAAGAAAUGUCCAUUUUUUCCUUAUUUUGUUGUAGAUUCUUUUGUUCUCUGCUGUGCACAUUUUUAUUCUUUUUUUUUUUUUUAAAUUCUUUAGUCCCCCCCACCUAUCCUAAGCAGGCUAUAUAGUUAAACAAGGAUAUAUUUAUGUAGACCUAUAUAGCUAUACAUACACACAGAUCUUUUCUGCUAAUUCUUUGCUUUUAAUUCUGCUCCUUAACUUGCCUUAACCUCCCCCUCACUCCCAUGGUCCUUCCCUUGCCUUCUUCUCCCACCCUUUGCUUCUCUAUCAUCCCCCCCACCCCUUAUUUUUUUAUAGAUUUGGGAGGGGGCUGUACUCUUUCAGUUGUAUAUGUGUGUAUAUGUACUGUUGCCUGUAGGUUUUUAGAACUGUGGAUCCUCCCUCAAAUGCUUCUGUGUCUAUUUGUCCUCUGCACUUCAUUUGUAUAACAUAAUUACUAUUCUUACCUUAACUCUGCCCUAAUCUUUCUUUUGAGCUACCCAAUUGCUGAUGUCAGUCUUAAACAUGGUAUACAUUUCCAUGUUAAAAAAAAAAGAAAAAAAAAUUUGUCCAAGUUAAGUUCCUUGAAAUUGAUCUUUGUUUGGUAUUGGCUCUUAUAUGUUAAAUCUUCUAUUGAGUUCAAGUUUGAUUGGAAGAAAGUCCUGAAAACCUGCAAGUUUGUUGAAUGUCCUUUUUUUCACCCCCAUUCAGUGUAGUGGAUAAUUUUGCGGGAUAUGACAUUUUUGGCUGCAGGCCUAGUUCUUUUGAUUGCCCACAUGUGUGACUCCAGGACUUACGAUCUUUUAUUGUGACUGAUGAUAAGUCCUGUACAAUUCUAAUUGUAGCUCCAGUGUAUUUGAGGGGUUUUUUUCUUGUUUCUUGAAAAUUUUUCUCUUGGAUCCAGGGAUUUCAAAAUUUCACACUAAUAUUUCUGGAUGUUUUCCACAGAGGAUCUCUUUGAGGUGGUGAUGGGUGGAUUUAAGCUUUUCCUCAAUGUCAUUUGAUUUUUAAAUUCUUCUUUGAGUUCUUCUAUAGAUUCUUACUUCAUUGUCCUCUGAAGAUGAAUCCUAUUCUUCCCUGUUCCCAUAGAAAAGUUCUGUGGUUCGGUUUGUUCUUUGCCAGUUAAUUUUUUUUAAUGAGAAGUAUACCUCUAAUUGUGGAGUUGGGGAGAUGGUGCCUCUAGUUUCACUUUACCUUUCCCCUCUGACCUAGACCCCCAAACCAAAAGCUCUCCGCUCCUGCCUCUGCCUUCCUGAUAUGCACUGGGUCCUUCUCACCCAGGGCCACCCCUGCAGCACAGCUGGGCCUGGCAUUCCUGAUCAGCCCUAUUCCCAGUCCAGAAGGUGAAGUUCCUGUGGUUCCUCCUGAGGUUCCAAGCACAGCCAGCUCUCCCCAGGGGGCCCUGCUGGUGUCUCUGGAGCUAGCCCAAGGUAUUUGCACUGCCCACAGGUUAAUCCCUUUCUGGCUUAGGGUUUUGUGCUGGGGUGGCCCCUGCUCUUCCCCAAGUCUUACUGAUUUUCAUCAGUCUCUGUUCUGUUUGUGGGGGAAACAUAAAAAUAGUGAAAUUUACUGAUCUCUGCCAUCUUCCCAGAAUCCUCUUCUUUCAUAGUUUUAAUUCUUGGCUCUACUUUUGCUAUCAAGCCUGGAAUCUUAACAAGGAACUUGACUCUUUCGUUGGUGUUCUGUUUCUUCAUCUUCUAUCUGCUGAAAGUGCUAGGGAUUUGGGGUCAGAAGCUUCUGGGGAUCAUGUAGCCCCUAGCCCCCACACUCCUUUCCUUAGAGGUUCAUCACAGUGUAACUAAAACCACUGUAACCAACCAAGAGGCAGUGAAGUACAUUUGAACACUGAAUCUGGACCCAGAGGAUCCAAAUUCAGGUCUCACCCAGAUUCUCUCAGAUCAAUCAAAUAGCAUCUCAGUUUUAGCUCCCUCAUCUGAUGGAAGGAACUGGACUAAAUCCUAACUUGUGGAUGGGAGUAGAGGUUUAUAGGUUUCUGUAUUUUUGUCUUUUAAAUAAAGAAAAAUAAAGAGGAAGCUUCAGGUGACAAUUUUCUGUAAUUCUAGUAUAGACCAUUUUAAAUAUGAAUUCAGCGUUUGAACUGUGCUUUUAAAAGCAUGGGGAAUUAAAACUGUGUGGACAGGUGAGCUGAAGUCUCAGAUAUUCAGAAGUAUCAGUGGUUUACAUAGGCAGCCCCACUGAAGCUUUCCAGGUGGUAAAGCUCUCAAGUCUGUUCUAAUCCAUUCUCUCUUUGGCCUUGUUUUUCCUGUUAGUCCUAUCUCAUUUUCUCUAGUGUUUCCCCAUAAGAAAAUCUAUUACUAUAUUGUGCCAUGGGCAAGAGACACUGAGAAAUAACACAAUAUCUUCAACACCCAGUUUUGUAGUCAUUAAAAGCCAAGUCAACUACCAUGCAAAAGUUUACUUAAGGAGAUGAAGGAUAUAGUAAGUAGAAAAACUAUUACUGGCAUUUUCCAUGAGUCAUAAUACCUUAUUAUUUUAAAGGGCUCAUUAACAAUUUUUGUUAAUUUAAAUUUUAAGUAUUUAAUGCCUUAUUCUCACUAAAUUUCAUUUUAUGGUAUAUUUUACGUUUGAGUAGAGGAAAGCCUAGUAUUUCUUUCCAGAAUAAACCAAGUUUUAUAAUAUCAGAAACUGCCAUAUAAAUUAACCAAAUAAACUUUCAAAAAUUAUGGUAGGUUGAAUUUAGAUAGUUGAAAAUGGCACAAGAGAAUCCGCAUCGAUUCUGUUUCCAAGCCAUUACAAGAAAACCAGCAAUGAGUUUGGUGGCUGAAUUUUGAUGAAUUAUAAUUUAAGUAGGAAAACAGUGAGGCUUUUUUAAAAUGUCAGAACUUGUUUCACCAAUCUUGAUUUGUGAGUGGGUUCUUAGAAGACAGAAGGUGAAAAUCAGUCUGGGCUAAUCUGGUGGUACCUAAUUAGCUUGCCCUAGGCUAAUGAAUCAAGACAUUUCAAUUUGCUAACAAAAUGUAUCUUUGGUUUGUUGUUCAUAACAUGCUUGAACUAGGUAUGCAGAGCUGCUGUUUCCCAAUUUUAACUUUUCCGGUGGUUGCAAAGACUUAAGUAGGGAUCCUUUCCUACUCUGCUUUCUCUAGAAAAUAGUUGUGACCCUAUGAUUUGGUUAAUCUUACGGCACCAGUUCUCAAGAAACCUGCUCAAAUUAACUAUAUAAACUUUAUAUCUAUCAAGGUCUUUUGCUUCUUUUUUUCCCCUCAACACAUAUAGCACAGUACCUGGCACAUAGUAGGUGCAUAAGGAAUGAAUUAAUGACUGUACUCAUUGAGAACAGACCUGAUCUGGAUGUGCUGCAGGGCUUCCCGGUGUGAGGAAAAAGGCUUCGGAAAAUGUGUUCUUGGAUCCGUUCCAGUUGCGUUAAGAUGGCAGUCAGUGGAGAGGAUGGAGCUCUGCCCUGUAGGCCAGGGCUAAGACAGGAUGAAACCGAGGAAAUAGAUUCACAGCUCUGUGCAGAAAAGAAAAUAAUCAGAAGUAACUUUGCCAGAUGGUCUCUUGCCAUGUUUUUUUAUCCCCAUUGUAACAUUUCUACAGAGAAAGGUAGGUGGUCAUCCGUCUUCAAAUUUUGGUUCCUUUGGGACUUAAGGGUCCAUCAGAAUUAUUCACUCAAUACAGGAGGGCUGGUAGACUGUUAAUGAUCUUGGCCAUAUCAUUGCCUCUUAGCCUUGGUCAUCUGUAAAGGGAAAGCCCCAGGAGGUGUAGACCCCCCUUCUUACGGUAAUUGGAGAAGGUAAUGUAUUUGGCAAUUUUAGUUAGGUGUUAUUCAUGAAACUGAAUCUUAAAGCUGAUGUUUACAAAAAAUAACUUUAAUGAGAGCUUUAUCCUACAACUAUUCCUUAAGCAAAACAAACCCUUUGUGUUCUGGAUUUUUAACCAGUGAGAAACACUGGAUACUUUGUCAUUUAAGAACAAACAGAAGAAAACUUGGGAGGGGAGGGAAGGGACAAUUGACUUUCUGGCCAUAACUAGGACUACAUUACCCAACUCGAUGCUUUCCUUCCGGAGGGCCCCAUUUUCUACUUCAGUAAUUUGGCAGAUUGGGAAGAUCAAUCUAGAUUUCCUUAAUACUGUCAGGAUGGAGUGGGGAGGGGGCACAGAUUGAACUACGUAAACAUUUCUGCUUUUUGUAAGAUUAGCAAUCUCCCCCACCCCAUCUCAAGCAGCAAAGUGAGAAACGUGGCCGCCUUAACUGGACUCUCUCCCUUCCUGUCAUGGCCUUGGAGCAACGUCUUCAAACCAGCGAGCUUUGCCGAGAGAUUAGAAAAUUAUGACAAAUCCUAGGACCCUUAAGUUAGGACUUGGAGAAAGAAAUAGACUCCAGGCAAACAAGAAGCACAUCCACCCGCUGAGAUUCCGUGUUGGAGCGCAUGAAGCAUAAGCUCAUUGGUUCAGAUGGGGAUUUCCAUGGUCAAGGACGAGUCCCUCAGGGCUCCUUUCUCUUCUGGAAUGAGAUUGGCCUAGACCCUAAUUGGGUGUCUUCAUGCUCUGGACCCAGGAAGUGACUUGCCCAGAGUUUGAACCUUCCUGCAUCGAGGUCCAGCCUCCUGGUGAGGAGAAGGAGUUUCACCUGCUCCAGGGAGCCUAGGAUAGAAUAGGAGACAAGUUCCUAACAACGGAAUUGGAAUCCAAGUAUAAGCUCGUGUCAUUUGAUCUGGCUGGACACAUGGAGCCGAGAGCAUGGGUAAAGACACACCGGAAGGGAUAGGAGUGAAUUUUUCAUGGCCUGAGUUUCCAUGUUAAGUGUUAUUCAUUGUCUUGGAUUAAGGCAGACAAUCAAAAAAAUUAUGCAUCAUAUUUUAAGUUGCAAAUAGGAGGUUCUUGGUUUUCGUUUUUUUUUCUCUCCACAAUAUUAAAACUCUUAUCUGUGGCUUUGCAAAAGCACUUCAAUAUUUUAUAUGUUUACUCAUCUCAUUUUACCUCACACAUACUGGUUAAACAAGGAAUCAGCAAGUAGGGACAGAACUGCUUCUGUUACUUAUUCCUAAUUUAUAUUCACUUGAGAAUGUUUUCCAGAUAGAGGGCUUCCUUCUCCACUACCAGCCAUUGCCCCCUUUGUUGAGCUUUUUCUUAGCCUUGGUGAUGGAGACAGAAGAUGAUAAAAAAUUGACAAGGAAACAAGCUGCUUUGGGUGCUAUUAAGUUACAGAUAGUCUGAUUAGAAUUCUUGGCUUUCUUUCUGUUGCCAUCCUCAGGCAGAGGUGCUAAUUAAGUGAUCCCAAGUUAGCAAGAAGCUGGAAAGAGCCCCCCAAUUCCUAAACGAUUCUGAGGAAACAAGAUUGUCUUUAGGUUUCCGCUUCCCUCGUUAAGAUGGCAGGACAUAGAAAAGACUUCAGAAACCAUCUAGUCUCUUUUUACAAAAGAAGAAAUAAGUUCAUGUCCCAAAAAACUGGUAGCUAAUGACAACCACAAGUCCAAAUUUAAAAUAGAAUUUCAUCUUCAGUAAUGGCACGCCUUGCCCAGAAAGAUGUGUUUGUUCACAUUCUUCUACAGCUGAUUUAGACCAUUAACUGGAUCCAGAACGAGUCCAAUGAUCACAAACAGAAACCUCUUAAUAGAUACAAAUCAACAUUCCUGAGUAAGAAUGGACAGCAAGGUGGCAAGGGUAAAAGAAGAGAGCAGCAAUCAAUCCAGUGCAAGACUGAUGUUAUCGCCAACAUUUUAUAAUUAUACAAGAUUGACGAUAGUUAAGUCUGAGCUUACACUUGAUUCACUGCAAGUUGCUAAGGGACUCAUGGGAAUAGCUAGUUUGACUACUACAGGUAUUCCCAAGUCAGUUCUUAACAUCCACAAAUUUGUGACGGGGUUAAAUAGAGUAGCUGAACUAGGUGAUGUUAUGGAUAGAGCAUUGGGCCUGGAGCCAAAAAGAUGAGUUCAGGUGUGCCUUUCUAGUGUGACCCUGGGCAAGUCACUUCUCCCUGUGUGCCUCAGUUUCCUCAUCUGUAAAAUGAGCAGAAGGAAUAUCGAACCACUCCAAAUUCUGUUGCCAAAAACAUUCCAAAUCUGGUCACGAAGAGUUGGACGCCACUGAAAAGUGAAUGAACGACAUCUCUUAGCAUCUUUUAAUGAUGAUUAAUGGGGCACACUGAGUACUGGUGCUUUUAAAAGGCCAUCUUCAAUAUUUGACUGGGGAAAUGGAUAUCUUUUGUCAGUCACCAUAACUCACAAUAAUACAGUUCCUUGGAAAACACACUGAAAGGUGAAAAUUGGUUAGUUUUUUUUCCAUCUGUGGCACUUAAGAAUAACUCAUCUCAUUUUAUGUUUCUUCCUGUCCUAAAGAAUCUGUGGUCUUGCACAAUUGUCUUUGGGUUCAUGGUGGGUGAAUUAGCAAACCAGAUCUUAAUCUGGGCCUUAGCCUUGGGGCCCAUAAAAAAGCAUGGUUUCUUUCUGCUGUUUGCUCAUGUGGAGGACUGGGGUGAGUUGUUUGAAUUAACUUUGGAUAAAAUGAGUGCAUUCCUUCCAAGCAAUUAGAGUAAAGUUAGUGCUUAUACACCAUGUUACUUGGAAGUAACUAUAAAGCGUUCUUCAUGGCUCACGUUCAGUCAUUUUGAAUCUAAACAAGUGAACAAAGCAUGUCUGACUCCUGAGAAAUUUAUCCAAUGUCAUAGUCACUUAAGAUUUCUUGAACCAGACCUGGGCUCCUUAUAUAUAUGUAUAUACAACUCAAUUUCAAAAUAUCCUGACCCCCUGCCAAUCCCCCUACUGAGGAAGCCUUGGCUUUGCUCCAAAGUGAAGGUUUACCCAACUGGCAAAUUUCUCUUCCUAAAUGGCUGCCAUGGAGUGUCAGUAAGUCCAAAAUAAUAACUAUUUAUGAUAGACUCAUUUAUUUAUUCUCUGUAUCUCUGUAGUUUUGUCGUACCUAAAUCUGUGAUGUUAAUUGCCCAAAAUAAUAAAAACCUGAGAAAAGUCA